UAGCCGAGUCAUUCGCCAGUUGACCGUUAAGGAAUGGACCUAAGUUCUGGAGCAGAACCUUCCUCUGUAGUUGGUCCCACAAGAUGAUGAUGUGGGCAGGCUCACACCUGCUUCCAAUAAAAAGUGAUCACAUGUCCCUUGACAGUUUCACUGGUAGAUCUUUUUGCAGGGUGGAAGCUCAUUUCAGGCUGAAAAGUGUUAGAUUUCUCCUUGAAAUCAAAGCUUUUCCUCAGUAAGAGCACUGUUUUGAUUUCACCAAAAUGGAAAGUGAGGACAUGCAGCCUGUUGACAUUGAUCUGACUGGGGAGUUUUCUGUCUUCAGUCCUUCACUCCAACAGACUGUGAUGUCUUCUGGUGCUGAGCAGCAGAUGAUGCAAAUUUACCUCAGAGUUCGGCCCUUUUCCAAAGAGGAGCUCUCUGGCAAUGAGGAUCAGGACUGUGUUGUGAUUGACGAUGGCCAGACGGUGACUUUGAAUGCACCAAAGGGAUCUGCCACCAUGAAGAGCAGCGAGAAAGGAGUUGGCUUGUCGAUCCACAAGUUCUCCUUCUCAAAGGUUUUUGGACCCCAGACAACACAAGGUGAACUCUUCGAGGACACGGUGAGAAGCCAAGUGUUUGAUUUCUUGGAAGGAGAAAAUGCUUUGAUAUUCAGCUAUGGCGUAACCAAUGCUGGGAAAACCUUCACAAUCCAAGGAACACCAAAAGAUCCUGGAAUUCUUCCACGGGCGUUGGAUGCCGUCUUUAGCUACAUCGGAGGUCUUCAGUACAAGGGAAUGGACCUAAAGCCACAUCUGAUGAAUGGCGCCCAGUUUCUGGAUGUCGAGCAAGUCAAGCAGGAGAGAACUGCUAAAAUGACAGUUCUUGCUUCAGUCAAAGAAGAAUGCGAUCAUCAAAGACUCAGCAGUAGCUCAGAGCCCUCGAUCUCUUCAGAUAUCACUCUUUCGUCUUUCUCUUCAUCCAACAAUCUGACAGAAGCCAGUGGCGACCAGUUUGCCCUGUGGGUGGCAUUCUUUGAAAUCUACAACGAGUGUGUGUAUGACCUCCUCCAGCCGUCCCAGUCCAGGAAGCGCUCCUCUCUCCGCGUGUGUGACGACGGGGCUGGAAAUGCAUAUGUGAAAGACCUCAAAUGGAUUAACAUCCAGAACCUGAGUGAAGCCAACAAACUACUCCAGUUUGGAAAUAAAAACAGAAGUGCUGCAGCCACUAAGAUGAACCAGUCAUCCAGCAGAAGUCACAGUAUAUUCACCAUGAAGUUGCUGAAGAUCGAUGGACAAACAGUGGAAAGGAUUUCUGAGUUCUCUCUCUGCGACCUGGCUGGUUCGGAAAGAUGCAACAAAGCAAAGACAUUCGGAGAGCGACUAAAGGAGGCUGGGAAUAUCAACAAUUCCCUCCUUAUACUGGGAAAAUGCAUCGGCGCCCUCCGUAGUGGUCAGGCUGACGGAACGAAGGUUGCCUACGUUCCGUUCCGAGAAAGCAAACUCACAAAGCUCUUCCAGGCUUUCUUCUGCGGUAAAGGUAGAGCCGCGAUGAUCGUCAACAUCAACCAGUGUGCGUCCACUUACGACGAGACCCUCCAUGUUUUGAAGUUCUCUGCCGUUGCCAAACAGGUGGUACAGGUGAUUCCAGACAAACCUGCGGAGCUUUCAGUCCCUUGUCUGGUCGGUUGGGAUGGGAAGCCACUGAUGAGGAAUGACGCUCUGGAGGGCCACCCGUCCGAAGACGAGCUGUUUGAGGAAGAGGACGAUCUGGACAUGUCUUUGCUCCCACAACAUGAGCUUCUGGACAUAAUUGAAAACCUCCGAAUUAAAUUUCUUACCGAGCGAAGGAAGAACCUGGUCCAAGAAAUGGAAAUCCGAAAAGAAAUGGGGGACGCCAUGUUGCAGCAGCUCCUGGAGAGCGAAGAACUCCGCAUCCGGCAGGUUGAGGAGCUGAAAGAGAGUUAUGCAGAAAAAUUGGAGAACACAUUUGAGAUGUACAAAGAUGCGAUCAAGGAGCAUGCUUAUCAGAAUGCGAUGAGCAACCUGGAGGAUAACUAUGUGCCGCUUGAUGAGUUCACGGCUGAACAAGAGAAAGCUGAGGCGCUCAGACGUAAAGUCUCUGAGUUGGAGGACUUGGUUAGAUGUGUUUCUCCACUGCUGAGUGUGGAUCAGUGGUGUCAGACAGAACCGUUGACAGAUCCAGGAGAAACGGAUGAUCGAAUCAAACAUCUUCGCCAAGAAAACGUUGUCCUUGAGAAAAUGUGUGAGGAUAAUAAACAGUUAAUUUUAUAUUUGGAGAAAAGGUUGGUGGAUCUUAACCAAACUCUGCACCACGUCCGGGAUGAUUUUCUGGAGAAAUCGGCUGAUGCGGAGGCUCUGCGGAAGACUGUUGACGAACAGUCCAAAUCCAUGGGAGAAGUUCUAUGCCAGAAUGCUGAAAAGGACGAGGAAAUCGCCUCUCUUAAGGCUGAAAUCGAAAAGCUCUCCCAGAAGUCUCCAGUGCAGACCAGGACCAGGAGAGGCCUACUGGCCAACAUCAAGGAGGCCGUUUCAUCCCCUAGGAGGGGUGCGUCCAGCUACAGCCUCGUGAAGCCUCCCAGGACUCCCAAGUACUGAACAUGUGCUUUGCAUAGGUGUUUUUAAAUGUAACUUUGUAUCUUAAUUACUUAACUCUGAAAAAUGUCUGAGUUUCUUGAACUGAAAAGCUCUACAGAAGGUUUCGAAUGUAAUUCAUUUCUUGUAUUUUUACAUUUUAAAUGUUUUGUUAUUAAAAUUCUGCUGUUGAUCCCCA